CGAACCGAAAGCACAGUUCGCAUUGAGUUGCAAUCUAGAGCACAAUAUGAAUAUACUGAAAACAAUCGGUUUGUUGGUUUUGAUAAUCGGCGCUGCCAGUGCUUCGUCCAAGAACAACAAGCAAGGCAGAAGCAAUGCGCCAAGCUCGAGCAGUCUGAAGCCAACCAACUGGCUGUCGGUGCACGAGUUGCAAUCGCUGCCCUCAGCGGAGGAUAUCAGUUUGCAACAACUGGAGAAUAUGUCGGUGCAGGAAGGCGAGCGUUUGAUUGAAAAGAUCUAUCAUCUUUCCAAAAUCGAUCACAACUUGCGUCCAACCUAUGUGCCAAGCGCCAGCAAUGUGCCCGUGGUCUUCGUGAAACCCAAUGGUCAGAAUGUGGAAUGCAACCUCAACGAAUUGGUCUCGAAAGCCAAGCAGCAACCCAACUUCGGCAGCGAGGAAGUGACUAUCUUCAUUACCGGUUUGCCACAAUCCAGCCCCGCCGUCGCCAAGGCCAACAAGAAAUUGGUACAAGCCUACAUGCAACGCUAUCACGGACAGCAACAGCCAGUUAAUGCCAACUUUGAAUCCGAUGAGCGUCAGCCAGCCACUUCCAGCGAGGAGGACUACAGCGAAUCGUGGAAGCAACCCAGAGCAAACAAGGGCAAUUUUGUCAUCAUCAAAUUGGGCGCCACCUUGACGAACAUGAAACGCUAUGCAUUGCUCGAUGUCGAACAAACCGGCCAAAUGAUCGGCAAGACCCUGGUCCAACUCACCGAUGAGGCUGAUGUACCACAGGAGAUCAUCCAUGUCGUUGGUCAAGGUAUUGGUGCACAAGUAGCCGGUGCCGCUGGUCGUCAAUACAAACGCUGGACUGGUCAUCAAUUGCGUCGCAUUACCGCUUUGGACCCCGCAAAGAUCUUCGCUAGUGACAAGAAGGUGUUGAGCGGUUUGGCGCGUGGUGAUGCCGAUUUUGUCGAUGCCAUCCACAGCAGCACUUGCGGUUUGGGCACACGUCGACGUGUCGGUGAUGUUGAUUUCUUCGUUAAUGGUCCAGCUUCCGUGGCUCCCGGUGCUGAUAAUGUUGUGGAGGCCGCUAUGCGUGCUACACGCUACUUCGCCGAGUCGGUGCGUCCAGGUAAUCAACGUAACUUUGCUGCUGUGCCCGCCAGCUCGAAGCAACAGUAUGAGAGCAAUGAGGGUUAUGGCAAACGCGCUUACAUGGGUAUUGCUGCUCAGUACGAUUUGAAGGGUGACUACGUGCUCAAUGUGAAUGCGAAGAGUCCAUUCGGCAAGAGCUCGCCAGCACAGAAACAGAACUCCUAUCAUGGUUUGCAUCAGGCAUGGCGUAGCGACAAGAAGAACAGCCAAUACUAAUGUGUCCCACUGAUUACUGGAUGGUUGAGAAAUACCUGUGACUUUAAAUAACCUCAAAAUUUUUUGUACUUUUAUAUAAUCGAUUGACAAAUAAAUGGAAAUUAAAAAAUUAA